UAGUCGCGCGUGAGAAGUCAACUGCAGUAGUUGUGCGUGGGAAGACCUAGAAGCAGUGUCCAGUUUCCAGUGUUGAUUGAAUUUAGUUCUUACACUUACAUACAUACAUAAAGAUCAAAGAUGAUGAACAGCCUGAAGAAGAUGCCCAUCCGUAUGCUGGCCAAUGCAGCACGUCAGCAAUCCGCAGCCAUGUCCUCGGCGACCGGCCUCCCCCCUGCACUAACAUUCCUCACCGACGAUGAGAAAAUGAUGAAGGAAACAGUUGCCAAAUUGGCCCAGGAACAAAUCCAGCCCCUGGUCAAGAAAAUGGACUUUGAGCACAAGUUUGAUCCGUCUGUGGUGAAGGCCGUCUUCGAGAACGGUCUGAUGGGCAUUGAAAUCGACACGGAACUGGGCGGCAGUGGCUGCAACUUCAUGACCAACAUCAUCGUUGUCGAGGAGCUGUCCAAGAUUGAUCCAGCUGUCGCUGCCUUCGUGGACAUUCACAACACAUUGGUCAACUCGCUGAUGAUCAAGUUUGGCAACGCCGAGCAGAAGGCGAAAUAUUUGCCCAAGCUGGCUCAAGAAUAUGCCGGCAGCUUCGCUCUGACUGAGCCGGGUGCAGGCUCUGAUGCCUUCUCCCUAAAGACUGUGGCCAAGAAGGAUGGCUCUCACUAUGUGAUAAACGGCACUAAGAUGUGGAUCUCCAACUCCGAUGUUGCUGGUGUCUUCCUGGUCUUUGCCAAUGCCAAGCCUGAGGAUGGCUAUCGUGGCAUUACCACCUUCAUUGUGGACCGCGAGACUCCCGGUCUGACUGUGAACAAGCCUGAGGACAAGCUGGGCAUCCGUGCCUCCGGCACCUGCAUGCUGACCUUCGACAAUGUGCGCGUGCCCGAGGAGAAUAUCCUGGGUACCUUUGGCCAUGGCUACAAGUACGCCGCUGGCUUCCUGAACGAGGGUCGCAUCGGCAUUGGCGCCCAGAUGGUGGGCCUGGCCCAGGGCACCUUCGAUGCCACCAUUCCAUAUCUGUUGGAGCGCAAACAGUUCGGCGACGCCAUCUACAACUUCCAGUCCAUGCAGCACCAGAUCGCCACCAUUGCCACAGAGAUUGAGGCGGCUCGUCUGCUCACCUACAAUGCGGCUCGCCUGCAGGAGGCCGGCGUACCCUUCUUGAAGGAGGCGGCCAUGGCCAAGUUCUACGCCUCGGAGGUGGCACAGCGUGCCGCCACCAAGUGCAUUGACUGGAUGGGCGGCGUGGGCUUCACCCGUGACUUCCCCCAGGAGAAAUACUAUCGUGAUGCCAAGAUCGGUGCCAUCUAUGAGGGAACCACCAACAUGCAGCUGAGCACCAUUGCCAAGUGCAUCAAGAAGGAGUUCUCGGGCUAAGAUACCCAAAUCCCCAAAUCCCCCCAAGCACCUAAAUCCCUUAAUCCCUAAGUCUGUAUAUAUAAAGCUGCGAUAUCGUACAACAGAUACGUCAAGUGCAUUUAGCUGGACUGGUCAACGAUUUCUGAGGAUCAUGGCCAACGCAUUUAUAACAAUUUUUUUUGUUAACUUUUAUUAAAUAUGAUUCAAUUUAUAAAGA